AUGACAGAAAAUACACAUCUGAAAGAGUUACAAGCAAAGGUCCACAAGGCGUUUGAGGCCAUUAACCGUCAGACACAAUCCAAUUCUGCCAUACAACAGUCCUUGACACAGAUUAUUAGUUCCUUAGAUUGUUUAAUGGUUGGUUUGCCAAGUGGAGCAUCAAACUUAUCUCGAGGGGUUGCCUCUAAGUCUCUGAUAUCUGAUGCAGUACUUUUGGAUUGUUUCCUUGGCGGAUUAAACAAAACGAGUCAAGCUCCCACCACUUUUGACUAG